AUGAACCUGAUCGGGGGCUACCAGCAUCACCACCACCUGAUGCACGAGCCCUUCCCGUUCGUGCAGCGGUGUCACCAGGAUGCGCCCUACUUCCAGAGCUGGGUGGUGAACCACGGAGAGGUGCCCGCGGAUUUCCAGAUCCAGCCGCCGUACCCAGCCGCGGAGCUCGGACCGCCCGGAGCCACUCACGACGCCCGCCUGGAGGGUCUGCAGGCCGGCAUGGGGAAGAGGAGGACGUCGGGGCCGAAGAAGGAGCGCCGGAGGACGGAGAGCAUCAACACAGCCUUCGCGGAGCUGCGGGAGUGUAUCCCCAACGUGCCCGCGGACACCAAACUCUCAAAGAUUAAAACUUUACGCCUGGCGACCAGUUACAUCGCCUACCUGAUGGACGUGCUGGCCAAAGACUCCGGGGAGACGGAGGGCUUCAAGGCCGAGAUUAAGAAAUACGAGAACAGGGACCUGAAGAGGAAACGGGAGCCGGUGAGUCACGAGGUCGAAGAACGACUUCAACCGUCAAAUAUAUCAGGAAAUAUGAAUAUGAUCCCACAUUUCUCUGUCCUCUGUAGCUCUGA